AUGAGUUACGGUGGAAACCAAGGUGGCUACGGCCAGUACAACCCCUACGGCCAGCAAGAUGCCAACCCCUACAGCGACGCCAAUGCCAUGGAGCAGGGCAACGGUAGCUAUGAAAUGGGCUCUUACAACCAGCCGGCCGACGCGACGACGCUGCUGAACAAGUGCCGAGAGAUCAACGACGGUAUUGCCGAUCUCCGCGCCAAGCGCGAGGGCCAGCUUGCCGCCGCUCAGAACGCUUUGCUCGACUCGAGUACCGGAAAGGAGGACCAGGUCGCUCGCCAGACUCUGGACUACAUCGAGGAUGAAGUGAACAACGGAUUCCGUUACCUCCGCGAUCUUCUGAAGAAGGUCAAGCAGACCCCCGGUUCCGGAGACAGCCGUGUGCAGACCCAGAUCGACGUCACUAGCCGGAACCUCCGUCGCGAGAUCGAACAGUACCAGAGAUGCCAGUCCGACUUCCAGAAGCGCCUGAGGGAGCAGGUUCGCAGACGUUAUGAGAUCGCCAACCCCGAAGCUUCCCCCGAGGAGAUCGAGCAGGGUGUGGACAAUGUCUUGUUGGGCCAGGAGCAGAGCUUCCAGGUUACGGGUAGCCGGACUAGACAGGCCAACGACGCCAGGCAGGCCGCUUUGGAGCGAUCGGCCGCCAUUCGCAAGAUCGAGCAGGAUAUGAUGGAGCUUGGUCGCUUGUACCAGGAAGUGGCGGAGCUGGUCCACCAGCAGGAGCCUGCUGUGGAGCAGAUCAACCAGGAUGCAGACAAUGUUGCGCAGAACGUUUCGAACGCGAACAACCAGAUCACGGAAGCUAUUGCCAGCGCUCGUCGGGCGAGAAAGUGGAAGUGGUAUGCUCUGCUGGUCGUCAUUCUCAUCAUCGCCAUUGUCGUCGGUGUUGCCGUCGGUGUCACGGAAGCCAACAAGUCCUCGAAAUAG